AGUUUCUGCAGGUUUUUGUUUUGUCCCGGAUGUUCGCUGAUUAAUUUCUUAUCGCAAAAAAAAGUUUCGUGGCCAGCUCUCGCGUAUUUUCACUCGAACAUUUUGUUGCUGGAAGCUGUGACAUCACAAUAAAAAAAAUAUUCUUAUCAACCUCGCGAAUCACAAAGCGACCAGUCAUCUACCUAAUCAAUUUACUGGCUGAUAAAGGCACCGGGAGCAGCUUCAAUCUUGCUUGUGUGCAUUUUGGAAGAAGAGUCAAGACUCUAGUGAGUGAGUGUUAUCAGCAGUUCGAUUCUUGUUCGGUGACUGGAAGGAACUUUGUGGGAAGAUGUCCAUCGCUGCUGCACAAAGUGUUGGUCAUCGACGAAAGCAAUGGCAACUGUAGUCAAGUGUGAGCCAAUAGACAUGGAAGAUCCGACGGCCACUCCCGGCUCCCUGCUGAUGAUGGAAAGCAGCCAAAUUGGUGCUCAGAUGGGACAAAGGCAGGAUAUGUCGAGUCAGCGUGAUGCGGAGAAAAGAAGGGACGAUAAACUGCAAAUGAUGCAAACGGAUGAAGAUCCUUUGCUUCAGGAGACGAUCAAUGCGCUCAUAAGCGGAUCCGGAGGAAUCGAAGCCGUUUCCGGUGGCGGAGUGCCGCCAGGUGAUGACAUUGAUAACGAAAGGAACUACGAGUGUAACUUCUGCGGUAAGCUGUUUACAAGAUCCAACACGCUGUCUUAUCACUUGAAGGUUCACAACGAUGAAAAGCCGUACAAGUGUGGAAGUUGCGAUAAGGCCUUUCGGGAGCAGUACCGUCUGACGAAGCAUCAGAAAACGCAUUCGAGGGAUCUGCCGCAGCAAGACCAAGAAGCGGAGCAAUCACAAGAUUCGAGCUUUCCUUCGAUUUCGGGACGAACCGCCGAAGAGGAAGAUUAUACCACUGGGGACAGUGAGCGAUUCUUCAGAAACUAUGAACUGCAAGAGGACACCGCCGUUAUGAAGCUAGAACCGGACAUUUCCCUGACCGUAGAUAGCGGGUCCACAAACACAGGAACGCAAUCUUCCAGCUCUGACAACGAUGUGCGCUAUCAGAUUAUCGAAGAGCGCAUCAAAUCACUCCAGCGGGAAGUCCACCUGGUGAAUCAGAACCUGAACCGAGUCGAGACCAAGCUGGACGGUCUCACCAAAAUCAUGGCCAUGUUCAUCAAUAAGUUUGACGAGGUCGAUUCCCAGCCAAACAAUGCCAGCAAUUCCAACGCUAUGAUUCCUAUUCCGAUGAUAUCGCUUCCACUGGAAAGUCUUCAACCGGCGCAACCCACGGUCACCGUUUCUGUUCCUCCACCACAACCGCAAUCUUCGCCAGUGUCCACCAUCCCAACGUCAAUCCAGAUGAUAACUACCCACCACCCGGUAGUGGCGCCAAUGGCCGCCGUCCAACAGCAACAGCAUCAACCCCAAUUCGUCGGUAAUCUUCACAAUCCGACCUCUACCAAUAGCCACAACAGCCACGGCAGCUCAGCAGCGUUUCAACAGCAAACUCAGCAGCAGACAACAACCCUGAUGCAGAGCAACGAUACAUUCCCCGAGGUACCGGAUUUGCCGAUUCGGACAGUGAGCGACUUCCUCGAUCUGAACGAUCACUGCACGGAUAACGAGCAGUUCCUGCUGCAGAUGAUGAUUCGUCUGCAUCAGGAAAUCGAUAACUCCCAGCCCCAUCAGCGGAACAUUAAAAAAAUGAUGGAAGCCCUCGUCACCUACGAAGUUCUCUGUCAAUUCAGCUGGAGCGGCAAAUCUGCCAUCAACGGACAGUACACCAAAUAUGUGUUCGGCAACAGCGUUGGCAUCAUUGAUCUGCUCACGAAAACGCUAAAUCUGGGUAAGAGCGCCGAAGAAGCCGAAGCCAACCAGAAACCGAUAUUCACCGCCAUCCAGAGCUUCAUCAAGCAUUCCCGGCAGAACAUGCUGCGGGACAGUCGGAAACGACGGGACUCCAACAAUGGACUAACCGCUGGCGGUGGCUACAAUAAGUGGGACAUGGGCGGAGCCGUCCAUUGUGGACCCGAUCGGCAGCUUAAGCCUGUGAUGGCACAGCAUCAACCGCCUCAGCAGAUAAAGCUCGAAAAGCAGGACAUUGUCAAUAGUCAUCAGCCGUUCUACGAUUAAUGUUGCUUUUAUUAAUCACAAACAAGGGAAGCUAGGGGAGAGGGGGGUCGUACUAUUACUAAAGGGGUAUCCGAGAUAACAUCGUGUAUAACACCACAGUUGUAAAAAUUAUUACUACCGAAACGUUUAUGUGACGCAUUGUGUCGAAAAAAUUUACUUUGUGGAAUAAAUAUGACUAUCUAGUACUAGA